AUGGCCGACGAGGGCUUCGACGCGCGGAAGGCGGCGGUGCUGGCGGCGCUGGCGUCGGCGGAGCGCGACAAGUCGCUCAAGGGCGGCCUGGAUGCGCCGAUCGCGGAUCUGGUGGCGGAAAUCAACGGCCACGAUGAUCUCUUCACCACCAGCUCGUGCUCCGGCCGCAUCUCGCUGCUCCUCGAACCGCAUGACACCGCCGCCGCCGCCGCCUCCGCCACCGCCACUGCCGCAGCCACUCCUGCUGCUUCUGGUGGUGCUGGCGCUGGCACCGCCGGUGCUACUACUGCUGAAAUAGAAAGAGGAGGGGAAGGAGUUGCGGCGGAUAGCGCGGGCGCGGUGAAGCGAGUGAAGAAGAAAGCGAGGGGCGGCGAGUGGCUGUUGGUCAGCCAUGACCCCAUCGAUCCUGCCGACCUCGUUACUGCCGUCUUCAGUACAAGCACUGCGCACGCGGAUGCCGACGUCAGCAACAGCAACAGCGCCAGCAGCAGCAUUAUCACCCCCGUCACCUGCGCAUCUCCGCCCGCUCUUCCCGGCGAGCUGGUGUUCCGCUUCGAGCCGCUCAUCCUCGCCCUCGAGUGCCGCUCCCUCGCCGCCGCGCAGGCGCUCGUGUCCUGCGCCAUCCGUGCAGGCUUUCGGGAGUCAGGUGAGGGCUUUCAGAGUGAGGGGUUCGAUGUGAGCGCAAAGCGAAUCAUCGUGGCCGUCCGUUGCUCCAUCCGCCUCGAGGCGCCGCUGACAGCUGGCGGCGUGCCGUUGGUGGGUGAGGCGUAUGUGCGCCAGCUGGCGGCGGUGGCCAACGGCAAGAUGGCGCUCAACCACGAGCGCACCGAGCGGUUCCGAGCGCGGUUCAAGGAGGAGGUGAGGGGGUGGGGACCGGUGGGGGUGGGUGACGGUGAGUGGGAGUUGGUGGGAGUGGGUGGGAGUGGGUCGGCCCAGCUGGGUGGGGUGAUGGUAGGGGCGAGUGGGAUCAGGUGGGGGCGAGCUGACGGGCAAGGGGACAGCCAAUCCUCCCCACCCUUCUUUUCUUGUUUUCCACUUCCUUACCCCGCUUACCCUCGCUUUCCCACUUCUCACUUUCCUUUACCUUUUCCUUCCCACCGCUUUCCUGCCUUCUUCCCUCCCUUGCUGCACCCACACGCAACGCCCAAGUCUCAUCCUAGGAAAGCAGCACGGCGCAGCUCAAAAGGCCAGCAAGAGGCAGCGAACGGCCAGCUGGCGCAGCAGCAGGGCAGCCAGGUGGCACAACGCCAGGUGGCACAACGCCAGGUGGCAGUGCUGCAGAGAGUAGGGGAGGUGGAGAGGCGGGUGCUGGAGCUGCUACGAGGUGGUGUAGUUGGGGAGGCACCGCUUUGCACCGCACUGACAGCACCUGAACCUGCUUCCACAGGGGCCUCUGGACAUCCCGAACUGGCAGGUGCAGGUGCAGGUGCAGGUGCAGGUGCAGGUGCAGGCGCAGGGAUGGCGCCAUAUCCAUUGCAGGACGUGGCAGGUGGUUGCUGCAGCAGCGCAUGGGACAUGCCCAGAAGAUCACAAGCAUCAGAAGAAUUAGCUCAUGGAAGCAAGGCACAGGACGGGCAGCUGCACGGGCAGGUGGUAAAGGUUCUGGGGCUGCCCGAGGGCAGUCUUUUGCGGUGGGGCCACUCGGCUGUGACGGUUGCUGCUUCACGGGCGAUGGUGGGAGCUGUAGGCGCAGGGGGGAGAGCGGAAAAGGAGAAUGCAGGAGCAGGCACAACAAAUGCAGGGUCAACAGGUGGAGGGACGACAGAAGCAGAGAAAGCAAGACGAGAGGCAGCAGGGACAGCAGUGGUGGUGUUUGGGGGGUUCGGGGGGAGUGGGGUGCACAGCAGGCGAAAUGACGUGGUAGUGGUAACAAUGAGAGAAAGAGGGGAGGAAGGAGGGCGUGGAAGUGAAGGGGAGAAGGAGGAUGAUGUGGUGGUGGAAGGGAGUGUGGUGGAGACGAGAGAGAGCGGGCCGAGUGCGCGCAUGUGGCACUCUGCCACUGUGGUUAGUGUGGGGCGAGGGAGGGGAGUGGUGAGCGGGAGUGGAGCGGAGGCCAAGGGAGCAGAGAGUAGUGAGGCGAGUGAGAGAGGAGAGAAAGAGGAGGAGGAGGGCGAAGAGGAGGAGGGUGAGGAGGGGGAAGAGGGGGAGGAGGAGAUGGUGGUGAUAGGAGGCAGGCACGGCCCCAAUGCUGCCCUUGCUGAUGUGUUCUCCCUCAAUCUGCGCUCCAUGAUGUGGCGCCACGUGGCAGCACCAGAAGCACCGUCUGGAGAGGCUACAGCAGCAACUGCAACUGCGACUACUACCCCUGCUUUACCAGAAGCAACUGCUGCUAUAGCUGGUGCAACAGGUGCACCCGUGGCAAGGUAUCGCCAUGCAGCAGCAGCCCUGGGGUCAUCCGUCUUUGUCUUUGGAGGCACAUCCCACCCUCACGCCCCGCCGCUCACCUCCCUUCAGGUCUUUUCUGCCCGGUCUUUUUCCUGGCUGCCCGACCCGGUGGCUUCCGGGCAGAUGCCUGCCCCUCGCCACUCCCAUGCCAUGGCUACGGUUGGUAACCGGGUGUAUCUUUUUGGAGGGCGAGACUCCCAGAGGGUAUUUUCUGACCUCUUCUUUUUUGAGGUUGUGAGCAGCGAUCCGGCUGUUGGGGAAUGCGAGGCGCCUCGAAACCCGCAAAUGGAACUCGCAGCAAGCAGCAGCAACAGUAGUGGUAUGAAUGUCAACAGACUGCAUGUUCGGUGGACCAAGGUCUGGGAUUCUGCCACAGUCGCAAUCCCUGAACGGUUCUCACACUCCCUCACCACAUACGGGCAGCACCUUCUGAUUUUUGGGGGCUGCCCACAUUCCCGGGCAGGCCCGGAAAUUGUUCUAGUGAACACCGCAUCCAAUGAGGUGUCUCGAAUCCCCGUCGCUCUGCCUCCUGCUGCUCUGCCCGUGCGCCACACUGCCAGUGUGGUGAAGGGGGGCUCUUUGGCAGGAGGGGGUGCAAUUGGAGGCUCUACUGUAGGGGACAGGCUGCUAGUGCUGGGGGGUGGUGCUGCCUGCUUUGCAUUCGGAUCGGUCUUUAGCCCUCCUUUUUCGAUCCCUCUAAAAGGGAUUCUUCAAGGAAAGAUUGGAUAUGCUAGCCACCAGCGGCAGGGGCAGCAGCAGCAGCAGCAACAGGAGCAGCAGCAGGAACGACAGCAGCAACUGGCGCAGGAUGGGGAUCUCGUUCGGCAGUCACAGGGAGGAUUGGGGUGGGUGUUGCUGGUUCCACGGAGGGAGGGGAAGCGGUGGAAGGAUGCGCUACAGGCACGUGGCGCUCUAGACAAAACCCGCAAGCCAGCCACAGUGAACCCAGAUGUCGAUCCUGAGGUACCACAUGUCAGUGCUAGUAGCUCAGGUGCUGCUGCUGGUGACGGUGGUGAGUUGCUGCUGGCCUUGCCUGUGUGCGAGUCUGCUGUAAGCAUCGUUGCUGCCAUGGAUGGUGUGUGCAUGGCACCCCCAAGGAUGCCAGGGACAGCAGCACCAGUGCUGACAGCUGUAAAUGGACCACCACAAGAGCAGCAGCCAACAGCAGUUGAGGCUGUAGCAGCCGACACAAGGGGGAUGACAGCGACAGCACCUAAUAAAGCAGCUUCACAGUCAGCACCAGCAGUGCUCACACAGAUGAGCCUAUCCCCUUCCCCUGCUCGCCCUCUCACUCCCUUUCAACGCCUCCACCACGCCAUCCAGGCUCUCCUGCACCUCAAGUCAAAGCAACUCAACUCUUCAGAGGACAAUCAACCCACUGCCACUCACUUAUCCCUUCUCUCUCACCUGCCGGCCCGCUGGGAGCGGCUUGGAGACAUGGUGGUUUUGCCAGCUGAUGCCAUGCUAGGGGAGGCUUGGGACAGGCUCGGACCUGAGCUCUGGCAGGUUGUUGCUGAGGCUCUUGGGGCGACAAGAGUGGCCCGGCAGGCUCCUGUGGCACCCACAUUGACUAGAGACAGCCGCCUGCAGCUGCUGCUGGGGUCCUCUUCCUGGGUGGAGCACCGGGAGAAUGGCAUCACAUACACCUUCGAUGCUGGAAAAUGCAUGUUCUCAUCAGGGAACGGCACUGAGAAGCAGCGCAUGGCUGCACUCAGGCUUCAUGACCGGGAAGUGGUGGUAGAUCUGUGUGCUGGGAUCGGGUAUUUCACAAUCCCGCUGCUCGUGCAUGCCCGCGCCCGCCACGUGUUUGCCUGUGAGUGGAACCCUGCGGCUGUCCAUGGCCUCCGGUCCAGUCUCGCAGCCAAUCAGGUUCCGCCAGAUCGCUACACUGUGCUGGAAGGGGAUAACAGGGCUGUUGCCCCAGUGGGGGUUGCUGAUCGGGUGCUGCUGGGCUUGAUUCCUUCGAGUGAGGCCAGCUGGAGGACUGUGAUUCGCUGCCUGAAGCCAAGGGAAGGGGGUGUUGCGCAUGUGCAUGGGAAUGCAGUUGAUGUGGAGGAGCAGCAGUGGACUGACUAUGUUGUGGGGGAGUUCGAAAAGCUGGCAAGAGAGGAGGGGAGAAGCUGGGAAGUGAAGGCAAUGCACUUGGAGCGGGUGAAAUGGUAUGCGCCACACAUUCGGCAUGUUGUUCUGGAUGUUUGCUGCAAGCCCAGCUUGGUUGAUGGUGCUGAAUAG